AUGGCGGCUUCGCUUUUGUUGCGGCAAGGACGAGCUGGGGCACUGAAGACUCGGCUCCAACCAGGGGUGCUUCGAGGACUUGCUUCUACUGUUUCUCUUGCUACAAAAUCAGGAAAGAGUGAGAAGGGACUGCCACCAGAUCCCAAGAAGCAAAGUACACCAAAAAAGAAGGAGCCAGCUGCUAUACCUGUCGAGCCGUUUGACAACACCACCUACAAGAAUCUGCAGCACCACAACUACACUGUGUACACCUUCUCAGAUGUGAACCUGGACCUCUUGAAAUUCAGAAUGCCUCAGCCUGCUUCAGGACGAGAGUCACCACGACACUGA